GUGAGGCGGAAGCGAUAUGGUUCAUUCGUGACGGAUCGAUCUGCUCGGUGUUUCCCGUUUUGCUUUGACCACCUGUAAACACCCGGAUCAAUGCUGUUCCAGGAGGACCACAUGUCCACCCAGUGACCUGAUGACAUGGGCCCAAGCUGAUGCCCCGAGGUCCCCAGUCUGCCCGCACUUGGCCCCCGGCUAGAGAUGGCAGCAUAUCCGGAUGUGCUGACCAUCCCUGGAGCUGUGGCCGGGAUGGUUUUACUGCUAUCGCUGAGCAGCGAUCCUGUGUGGGGAAAUUUGACUACCACUGCCAGUAACACCCCUUCAAAUAAAAGUAAUGGACACAACAUCGCAGCUAUUGUGGCCCCCACGGUCACUCUGGGUGUCUUGGCCAUCGUCUUGGCCGUGCUUGGCUGGCUUUUCUGCGUGGUGAAAAAGAAGAGGCAGACCGAGGGGACGUACAGACCCAGUGCAGAGGAGCAGUCCGGGGUACGCAGCGUGGCAGCACCGGACGCGCUAAAGCUACCAAAGGAGGAGCGACUCAUUUGAGAUGCAGUGCUCUGAGAAAAAUCUUCGGCGUUGUGAGAGGACGGAGUGCCACCUUCGCACGAUGCAUUUACUAACCACUUCGUCUCAACAGGCACAGAAUGGUUCCUGUGUGACUCCACGAGGAGAAGCACCUGGAUGUAUCUUCCAACAGAUUUUAGGACAGUUGAACAUUUCAAGUGGGGCUUUUCUUCUGCACAAGUGAAACAGGAGCUGCAAUAUUUUAUCACUGCUAGUUAUUUUCAUAUUGACAUGUUUUCCUGUUUCAGUUUCCUUCAUAUUCAAUGAAGAUGAUUUGAUUAAUUGUAAAAAUACUGUAAAAAUCUAUGCUGAUCGUUUACCUCAAACUUUGCUACAGAGAGCUCACACGAGUCCAUUGCAUUUACAACUGAUAAUGUUUUUAUCCUAACAAUGAGAAUAGUCAAACACAGUAACCUGCUGUUUGAUUAAAAUGAGGUUACACUGGGAAAUUAAACCCAGCACAAAGCAAACUGUUGUUUACACUUUAAGUAUUCAUGAAUAAUCACACUAAUGUAAAGGUUGCAUCGUUUCAAAUUCUUCACAUCAUGAGAUCAGCCAUGAAGCAACUUAAUCAAGCAGAGAUGUUUCACAGUGUCACAGCAUAUUUAUUCAUUCUUUCUGUCUAAUAAAUAACAACAUGUUUGUAUAGUAGAUGAGUAAUUAAACCUAACAAAACAUUCACUAUGUUCUAGUGGUACAUACAGUAACUAUGUGUUUGUGCGGGGGAAUGUUUCAGGAUGAUAAAAGAGUAGAUAAGCACCAAGAGUAAAAUGUUCAGUCCCUCAGAGCACCUGAGAAAGUCACUUAAACAAUGAGGCCAUUGUUAGAGUCUCUCUGGGGAACAAAUAUUGUCUUUAAUGUCAUGAAAAGAUGUAAAGUGAGUCUGAUCUUUUACCAUAUUAUGUUUUUACCCUUUUCUGUUUAGUUGGUUGAUUUGUUUAGAAACAAGUUUAUACAAAAUCUACUGGAUGGAUUACCACAACACUUGGUGGGAGGAGGUGAGAUGGGUCAGGGAGGAACCAAAUUCAUUUUGGUGCCGAUCCUGGAUUUUUCAUUUUCACCUUCUUUAGCGUUGUGAGAGAGGAUGUUUUUCAUCAUUUUCCAAUCAGCCAUGUUUUAGGGGACUUAUAUUUAUGAGUGAGUGCAAUUUACUGCAGAUCCAACUUAAAAUCCAGGUCUAGUGAAUUUAAUUGUGUAUUCAUAAGGGGACUGUUGGGCCUUGAUGGAGGCAAGCGGUCUACUGAGUGCCAUUAUAGUUUACAUGUCUUUCAUGACUUGAAUUAAUCAAAAACAUGUGGAGACAAGAUGAUAAGUAACACCAUUAGUAGUUUAUAGUAGUACACAUAUCAUUUAAUAUCAGCAUUGUGAUGGAUGUGAAAUAUCAUUGUCAUUCAUUUAGUUUACAUUAUUAAAGAGCUUGUUAUGCCGGAUAUUCAUUGAGAUAAAGUUCCAGAAGGAUCGGUUUUAAAUCUCAGAAGUGACAUUUCUUCUAUCUUACAUCAGAGAGCACAUUAAGAAAGGAUUUAUUUUAAAGAACUAA